CGGGCCGAGGGGGCGGCGGGCCCGGUGGAGUCGGCGUAGCCCUGGGCCUGUCCUGCUCGGCGGGGACGCGGGACCGCGCCCGCUCGCCUUGUGGGUUGUGUGUGUGUGGCCCUCCCUCGAGGCGCCCGGCCAAUGGCGCCCCGACCCCCGGGGAAGCAGACCCGGAGCUGGACUGGCCAUUAUGGAAGAAGAGGUACAGCAGCACUCACACUGUGUGAACUGUGUCAGUAGACGGUGUAUGACCAGACCAGAGCCUGGGAUUGCCUGUGACCUCAUUGGUUGUCCAUUGGUUUGUGGAGCAGUUUUCCAUUCUUGUAAAGCUGAUGAGCAUCGACUCUUGUGUCCCUUUGAACGAGUCCCUUGCUUAAAUAGUAACUUUGGAUGUCCAUUUACCAUGGCACGAAAUAAAGUUGCUGAACAUCUAGAAGUGUGUCCUGCAAGUGUGGUGUGCUGUACUAUGGAAUGGAACCGAUGGCCAGUUAGUUACGCAGACCGGAAAUCUUAUGAAAAUCUAAGCAGAGAUGUUGAUGAAGUGGCACAAUUAGACAUGGCCUUGGCUCUUCAAGAUCAAAGGAUGCUUUUGGAAUCUCUCAAAGUUGCCACCAUGAUGUCCAAAGCAACUGAUAAAAUAUCUGAAACUAGAGAACAAAUUUCAGUGAAAUCAAGUGUUCAGGAAAUACCUUGUACUAAUGGGUUGGUAUCUGUUGAUGAAGAAUCAUAUGGUGCACUUUAUCAAGCCACUGUAGAAACAACUAGAAGUUUGGCUGCUGCUUUAGAUAUCCUGAAUUCUGCCACAAGAGACAUUGGCAUGUUAAAUACAAGUCUUUCUGUUACCACAGAUAAGAUGGAUGAGAGUAACAGAGAGAGCUUCCAGGAAAGAAACUUAAAAGAUGAGGACCACCUUCAUGAGGAGGAGAUGGGGGCAGUAGGUGGAGUUGACCAUAAUGGCAUAAGUCAGAAUGCUCAGUCUGAACAAAAUGGGUCAAGUGAUUUACUAUGUGACUUAAGUACAACUUCUCUUGGUACUGCUGUUCUUUGUAAUGGCUUUCCUUUGGAAAAUAUGUGUUCACAGAUCAAAGAUCAGGAUCAAAAUUUUCCUCGUGAUUCUAUAGACAGUAAUAUAGAAAAUGGAGAGUGUGCAGCAGCAGAUGGUACUUCAGAACCUUCCAGUUCACUUUUAGUAGCAGCACAACUUAGGGAAAUAAUUCCUUUCAGUGCUUUGCCAGAUAGCGCAUUUCAGCAUAUCCUCAUGCCAGAUGAAGAUGAUGAGGAGGACUUGUAUUGGAAAAAGGUAGACUUAGGGGACGUGAAGGAUGUUGAUGACCCACCAUUCAGUCAUACUCCGUCAUUUAAGUUUCUUUCUAAUUCAUGGUAUAUACCAAAGGAAGACAAAGCAGUUGACACAUCAGAUUUAGAAGUUGCAGAAGAUCCCAUGGACCUCCAAGGAAUAGACCUGAUUACAGCAGCAUUACUGUUUUGUCUGGGAGAUUCUCCAGGUGGGAGGGGUAUAUCUGAUAGCCGCAUGGUUGAUGUUUAUCACAUUGACUUUGGGACACAGACUUUCUCACUUCCAUCUGCAAUAUUAGCUACAAAUACAAUGGUUGGAGAAAUAGCUUCAGCUUCAGCAUGUGAUCAUGCCAAUCCACAGCUUUCAAAUCCAAGCCCUUUUCAGACACUUGGGCUAGAUUUAGUUUUGGAAUGUGUUGCUAGGUACCAGCCUAAGCAGCGUUCAAUGUUUACCUUUGUAUGUGGACAGUUGUUCAGAAGAAAAGAAUUUCCUUCCCAUUUUAAGAACGUACAUGGUGACAUUCAUGCUGGACUCAAUGGAUGGAUGGAACAGAGGUGUCCUUUGGCUUACUAUGGUUGUACCUAUUCUCAGCGUAGAUUUUGUCCAUCAACACAAGGAGCAAAGAUUAUUCAUGACCGCCAUCUAAGGUCAUUUGGAGUUCAGCCAUGUGUAUCUACAGUAUUAGAAGAGCCUUCUAGAAACUGUGUGCUGGGAUUACGUAGUGACCAUCUAAGUAGUCUCCCAUUUGAGGUACUGCAACAUAUCGCAGGCUUUCUUGAUGGCUUCAGUUUAUGCCAGCUUGCAUGUGUAUCCAGGCUAAUGCGGGAUGUGUGUGGCAGUCUACUUCAGUCUCGUGGAAUGGUCAUAUUGCAGUGGGGGAAAAAGAAGUAUCCAGAAGGAAAUUCAUCAUGGCAGAUAAAAGAAAAGGUAUGGCGAUUCAGUACUGCAUUUUGUUCUGUUAAUGAAUGGAAAUUUGCUGACAUCCUAAGCAUGGCUGACCACUUGAAGACUUGCAGUUACAAUGUUGUACAGAAACAGGAGGAAGCAGUCCCAUUGCCAUGCAUGUGUGUGACUCGAGAACUUACUAAGGAAGGCCGUUCGCUGCGCUCUGUUUUAAAGCCCGUGCUGUAAAGCUGUAUUUACUUGCACAUACCGCAAGCACCUGGUAUGAAUUCUUUGUAACAUGUGACACUUUAUUACUGUAUUAAAGACUACAACUAGCUAAAUUUAUUGUCACUAUGUACAUACUGUUUUGCAGUGACAUAUUUUUAUAAUGUACUGUUAAUUGGACAAAAGUUGCCUUAAUAUUUGAAAUGUAUGAAAUUGUUGGAACAUUGCUAGACAGGGUAAUCUAAUCUUUAUCUGCAUAAUUUUUCAAAUUAGUCAUUUUAAUGGUGUGCAUAUUUAAGUUCUGAAAAUUUUUGCUUCUCAAACUGAAAAGAAUUUCACCAAAAAAUUAUUUCUGUAUGUUUUCUGUGGAUUGAAGCCCAUACUAUCAAAAGCAAAACUUUGAUUCAGAUUUUUCCUGCAUAGGUUUUUUUCACAGAACACAUUCAGUCAUUUAAACACUGCCAUAAGAUUGUUAUAAAGUAUUUCUGAUAUUUUUUAAAAUAAUUAUUGAUCAAAUGUGAUCUCCACUACUUACAUAAAGGCACAAUAGUGACUUCAUGCUUUUAAAACAACUCACAAAAAUGUUUUCAUCUUCUUUUCUUACUACUCCUGUGCUGAAAAUGAUCAUAUGCAGUUCUUUUUCAUUAAAUUCCAUAUCUGAGGAGUCAUGGCACAAUGUACUAUAUGACAGAUUAAGUAAAAACAAAGCAAGCCUAUGAAUUUAACUUGAAAAUUUUCAUGGUGUUUUAUAUUUUCCUAGGUAUCUAAUGUUUGAAAAGAAAAUAUACCUCACUAUAAGUUUGAAUUUUGCAUAUUGUUUGAAUAAACUUCAAAUAUUCAUAAUACAAAGGGUUUGACUUUUUGAAGGGCCUUUAAAAUGUUCAUAUAGUGAGUUAUAUAGGUCUAUAAAAAUACGCUGGCAUUGUUUUGAGACAUUUAAAAAUGUUAAAAUUUACAAGUUAACAUCAAAUAGAUACCUGUCUUGGUUGAUAAUCUUUUUGAAAUGUUCCAGUUAUGCUUCACAUAUUUAUCUGUCAAGUGUAGUGAUUUAUACCAUAUUCACUUAAUGUGCUUAACUUUAAAGAAAUGAGCAUACGGUGUCGAUAUUUAGAAGUAAAUUCCAGAGGCAGAGACAUACGUGAUUUGUCCAGAUAAAUUCUGGCAUUGGUGAGCUGAAAUGGUUAAUGAUGUUGAAAAUCAGUUGUGUCUCUCUUCCUACAUUGAUUUGAGACUGCUUUGUGGUUACUGGUUCUUGUCUCCGAGAUACGGUGGUCAGCCUGGGGAGAGGCGUCCUUGGGCAUUAAAGGUGGGUUCGCAGCUGCUUGAGGGUGGUUGGCAGCAUCAAGUCCUUAUUAGAGUUGAAAAGUGCAUGGAAAAGACUAAUCACUGCUUUUGCCUCACCUGUCAUUUAGGAGAAUUUGUAAUUUCGGUGCUUAAACUUUCUUUCUCAACUGUGAGACUGAAUUGCAUUAAACAGAGAAUAAUAAUUUUAAAAAAACCUUUGUUUCUGCCAAAAGAUAGAAAUAGUAAUCAAAUAUGACAGAAUAUAACUUUGCUUUUUAAAUUUUUUUCUGAAGAAUGUGUCUAUAUUUAGGUAAUACAAGCAUUAACCUUUUAUGUUUGUACUUUUAAAAUUCAAUUUGUAAAUUUAGUUUCACAAUGAGAUACUUAACAUUUUUUCACCUUUCCUUUUUAGUGAAUGAAAUGGUUAUUUUAAUAAUUACAGCAUAUGUACAUGAAAGCUUUUUCUAUUUAAUUUUUUAUUUUGUUCAAAUAAAUAUUUUUUUACAAUUUACCUGGGUGAAAAAAUGAUAGUUAAACACUAGACAUAAUGCAUUUGAGUUAAACAUAAUUUUCAGUUGUUUGCAGUUAGCUUUAAAUACCCAGAAAUGGAUACUUAAUAAAACUUGAGUCUUAAAACUAUAGACAUGGAAAAGUAUGGAAUUUUACAUGAAAUUCUGGGUAGAAAAAGUAUUACUCAUUCUUCAUGGUAGUUAAUAUUUAGUUGCUGUUGGUAUCACUGCAUUUUAGCCAUCUGUCCUUCAUGUGGAGGCAACUUUGGGAGACACAGGAACUGAAAGCUCAAAUAUUUGCCUAAUGAAAAUUUUACUACUAAUAAAUAAAGUCCUAAAAACACAAUGACCAUAUUUUACAAAAACUGACACGAACCAUGGUAAGUAAAGCAACAGUGUUAUAUUCUUUUUUUUUUUGCAGAUAUAAUCUUGCCAUUUUUUUUUUUAUUAAAAAUUGAUUCAUUCACAUCAUUUGACAUUGUAGCAGGUCAGCAGAAAUACCAAAUAUAAAAUCUGUGUUCCUGCUGUCUAAGUGACAAGAAUAGGUUCUGAGGAGUUGUAAUUUAGAUGCCACAGUCCACAGAGUCAUGGAGGGAAAUCAGCCCAUCACAGGAAGGACUUCACCUCUGGGCAAUGGCAGGGCAUCGAGACAGCUGCACCCUGUUGUCUGGCUGGAGCCAACAAUGUUAUAUUCUUAAGAAAAUACUAAAAAUUUAAGUGAAAGCCGAAGUUGAACAUUACAUUUAGGGUUCUUUGACGGACUCAUUGCAUGAGUACCCUAAAGUACUAUGAACCACAGCCAAAUUAAAAUCACUUAGAAGCUAAUCCAAAGCUUUUCCCAAGUUUUCCUCUAAUCAUGGGCAUUUUCCCCCUAAAUAUAGUGAAGAUUGGCCUUUAAAAGAAAGUUAAAAUUUAGUUAUGUUUAUUAAGUUAAGAAAAGACUAUCUCUUAAAAAUGAGAGCUUUGGACUUUAAAAAUGUAUAAAAUUUGUCUUUAUCAAAGUGUUAUAUUGUUUAACUUAAAAUGAGUAAGUUAACCAAACAACUUAGUAUUUCGCCACAGUAAAAACAAGAAUUAUAUCAGAAACCUAAAAAUCUGAAACCCAAAGAAAAAACUAGCCUGACUGACUAUGAGCCAGUAGCUGUCCAGAUGUUAGAAUGUUAGACACUAGAUGUUUUGAGUUCCAAACUGAAUUGAAAGCUUUGCAACAGUAGAACUCUUAGGAACAUGGACAGGCAUGUAUGUGCCUGUCAUCUCUUGUGCCUCAUUUCCCCAGAAUGUUUCCCAUUGUCCACAUGCCCUCGUUAGAUGUUUGCUACCAUGUGAUAAUGAGUUUGUGCUCUAAUCUUUCCAGAUGGAGAUGCUCAUAUUUUUCUGUUUCAGUUUUAUUUGACUAUUCAUGACUUGUUUUUUAGAGUUCUGAUUGCAGGUUUGACACUGGGGAGUUGCUGCUGGCUUAGGAGGGAAGGAUGCUUUCUCUUACAUUCUGAAAAUGCUCUUGAGCUGCUUUUCUGGUCAUUCUCAUUCAAGGAUUGAUGGUCAGUCCCAAGUUGCAGUCACCAGAUUUUCUUGUAGAAGAAAUCAUCUGUUGGGUCCCAAGUACCUGCAGAAUUUACAAUACAAGGGCACUCAGGGGCAUGUCUUCUGCUCCGUGGUUUUGGUCAAGAUGUGUUGUGCUUCAUUGUUUGAGAAAUUGUGUAUUGACCUCCUUCAGGUGUCCCUAGUCUUCCUCAGUUUAUUUGACGAGUUUCUAAUUCCCAAUUUUUCCAGGGAACAGCCCUUAUGUUUUUCAUGUUUUCCUUCAUUAAUACUUAAUCCAUUUCAGAGAUUUUAUAACUCAGAUUUUGAAUUCUGAAUUCUGUCUGAUGACUGGAGAAGCAUGAUUUCUUAUUCUCUAAAUUUUCUUGACCUCUUGCUUGUUUCUUCAUUCAUUUCUUAGAUUUUUCUUUUCCAUUGUUUUCUAAGACAAAUUUCAAGUUAAUGUUCUUUAUUAUGUUAUUACUUUAUUAAAAAAGUAACUUAUUUUUAAUUAUAAAAAUGAGCAUUUCUUUUUUGAGCUUGUUUAAGAGCAAAUUGAGGAGUUCCAGUUUUGCUCACAUUUCCAUGUUCUAUGACUCCACUUCUUUCGUUUCUUGUAGCUCCUCCUCUUUCUGCAUUUGACUAACCUUUUCAUGUCUUUCUUUUUCUCUACUAGUAAUUUGUAGUGACUUGUUAUGUUCUGUUAACACCUUAUAUGAAUGAACUGCAUUUAGGUUUCCAAUGCUCUUCCAGAAUCAUCAUAGUUGAUUUGAAAUUUUUUAAUUAAUAUCAAAAUAUUUCAUAAUCAUGCAAUUCAUAAUUCUCAGUCUGAUUCAGACACCCAGGUGUAGGUGUGAUGGUCAUCUGCAUCAUUUGCAUAUUUUGUGAUUGUAUUCUUUUCAUGAGUUGUCAUUGUCAUCUUGUGUGUUCUCCACUGCCACCCCCCACAGUCUUCCUUCCCAAGAGCAAAUUGCUAAGUACCAGUCUUUCCCCACUUUUCUGUCUUACGCUGUAUCUCUGAAUGGCUGAGCUUGGGGGUGCAGGGAUCUCCUGAGUUUUGUGCAGCUGGGCUCUACCAUGCAUUUCUUUUACACACCUUUUGCUGUUCUCUUUUUUCAUUAUGCCACCAUAUUUGUGAGAAUAUUUCUUACUACUACAUUUAUUCAAAUUCCUAAUGAACUUAUAUGCCUCGUUAAUUUAUAAGGAGAAGCUUUGACCUGGAUAAAAUUUUAAUGCUUCGACAUUCCAAACACAGUCAUUGUUUCUGUAAUAUUGGCAUUCUGCAUGUUCUAAGAGUUGGGGUUGCUGAUUAUCAUUGCUGACUCAGUCUUUACUGGUGAAUAUGAAGUUUUUAAAUUUGUAAUACUUAGUUUUUUCAACUUCUUCAACAUCUUCAAAGUCCCAUCCAUCUAGUGAUAGGGAAAAGUUAGAGUUUCUGACAUGAAUAUUUCUCCAAAAUAAACAAUUAAGCAUGAAAAAGAAAUGGUUUUUAUAUUGGCCUGAUAGGUUAUCAUCUGAGGAGUCUGUCUAUUUCUAUCUUUGGUAGUUACUAGUAUAAGGGACAAGUCAAAGAAUGGAGGGAAGUAUCCAAAUUCACUUUUAAUCUCUAUCUCCGUCACUAGAGAUUACUAUAUACUUUUUGUCAGUUUUUAUGUAUUUCUUAGACCUCACAGGUCUCUUGGGGGUAAGAAGCAACAAUCUAUGUUCAGUAUCCAGGUGAUCCUGAUACACAGUAAGAGGCAAUUUUUUUUUUAACUUUUAAAAUUACACCCUUCCUUCUCCCCACCCCUUUCCUCCCACCCGUGCCUUCCAUGUACCUCUCUUGCUCUCUCAAAUUCAUGGCCUCUUUUAGUUGUAUGUGUAGUUCCUAAAUAAAUUAAUAAGCCUGCUUAGCCCACAAAUUUUACUCAUGUGUAUAUAAUUUCAGGGCUGACCACUUGGUAUUGGAAAACCAAUUGGGGCAUUUUUCCCUCUGGAAGACUUUCUCGCAUUCUCGGUAUUCCUUAGUUAACUAGUUCUUUAUCUAUGGUUAAGGCCUCAUAAACAAUCUUACCAGAAAGCCUGGGGCUUGCCAGCUGUCUCUCCUCUGUUAUUCAGGUGUGUACAUAUUUGAAAUCCUAAAUGAAGAGCCAUAAUUUAUUAAAAUUGUUUAAAUAAUAUGUAUGUUAAUUUUCUAACCAUGUGAUAAAAUACAUUGGGUACUACGACUUGGAUUUUUGUUAAAAAUCAAAGCAGUAUUGUUUCUUACUGGUGUUGACUUCCUUUAAGGUAAAUUACAGUGUAAAUUUUAAUUCAUUAUCAGUAACCUUUAGCUGAGUAGUCUUGUUCUCUUUAAAUGACUGCAAAAUCCGGUAAAUACCUAGGAUGUAAUAAGAAAAGUGUAGAAGUAGAGAAAUACUGGAUUAAAUUCUGUGAAGAUAUUUAAUGGGAAUCCCAUCAACCCAAUCAAAAAGAAAUAGUGUAGAUUUCUGAUUUAUCAUGGUAUAGAAUCUGUUUCUAGGUCUUUGCUACUAUUUGCAUAUAUCAAUGAUGUAUUCUAUCCUUUCACGUUGAAUAUGAGAACCUUAGUAAUAUUGAAAAAUAAUGGUGUUCUCAACAAAGCCAGGUGUGGGAGGUUUUGUUGCUAUUAUUGAUAAGAGAUUUUAUUUGUAGAGAUUUGACUAUUGGAUUUUGGUGUAAAACAAUUUUUUUGUGUAUACGUGUUUUCCAUCCCCAACUAAAAGACAUGGGGUUUAAAUUUUAAGUAUUGUGAGGAAAGGGUAUUCAAAUAUUGUAAAGUUUGUUUCAUAAGUGACAUACUACAUUGGAAGCAGAUGUGAUUGUGACCUGCAGAAUUGGUUAUUAAGUGAAUGAAAGCAGUUAGGCCAAAUCUCUGAACAAAACUUCUUGCAUAGAAAGAAUUUUUCUGAUACUAUGCUUGCCUGGUUACCUAAAUGUUGCUGUAAAUGGUCUUACCAUCUGUCUUGAUAACUAUGAAGCAGAGUUUUGGUUAUGCCCUUAAAACUAAUGUCUUGGGACUACUUCAUCCCAUUGUGUUUAAAAUAAUGUGCCAAUAGAGUAUUAAUCUAAACCUGGUUUCCAGAAAAGUUCAUUUCGGUAAAGCAUAAGUCUACUGAAAUCUUUUCUAAAUUACAAGAACUUUUUAUAUAGACAUUUCCUGUUAUUUAGAAAAUUGUUUGAGAUCAUAGUUUUCAACUUCCAGUUUUAUAAUGAGACUAUUGAGGCAUUCAGUCUAAUAGGAAUGUAUCCUGACAGGGAUCCCUCUUUCAGUCCACAGAUGCAGAAAGAGAAGGGGCAUUUAAAUAAAAGGACAUUACUGCUG